AUGGAAUCAUCAAAUUAUCAUCAUCAUCAUCAUCAUAUGAAAUCAUUGAUUGUAACAAAUAGAUUGGAUUAUAUUUUAAAUAAUCAAAAUAAUAAUGAUGAUAUUUUACCAUUAUCACCAUCAUUAACGCCACCUAUAACAUUAUCACCGGUAACAUCACCAUCAGAAUUAUCAUCAACAAUUUCUAACCCAACAACAACAACAACAACAUUAGAUUACUGUGAUGAUGAUCAAUUUGAAACAACAACAACAACAACAAUGAAUAAUUGUGAAACGAUAGCAGCUACAACAACGACAUUAACUUCGAUCCACAGACAAUCACCAUCAUUUGAUAAUCAUGUUCAUCAUCAUCAACAAUCCUCAUCUUCAAUGUCAACAUCCACCGCAGUUGCAACUUCGUCAUCAUCAUCAUCAUUAUAUCAACCAAUACCAAUUGUUCAUCAAUGUAUAAUCAAUACACAAUUAGCUAAUCAUCAAUCAACUCGACAACAAGAAGAAUCUUAUCAGAAUAAAAUAUUAUUAGCAAAAAAAAUUCUUAAAUUAAUACAAAAUAAUGAUUAUGAACAAUUUUCACGAAUAUUACUAUAUAAAAAACCUGAUUUAAAUGUAUUUAUUAAUGGUCAAACAGCAUUACAUUAUUGUCUUUUAUUAGGUCGUGAUGUUUCAUGGUGUAAAUUAUUAGUAUUGAAUGGUGCAAAUCCAAAUCUAUCAAAUCAAGAUGGUUGGCAUCCAUUGCAUUUAGCUGCAUUUCGUGGCCUAAAAGAAAGUGUCAAUUAUUUGACAAAUUGCAAUAAUAAUACACAAAACUAUUUUCAUGAUAAUCAUCAUCUAAUAACGGCUAAUAAUAAUAAUAAUAAUAAUGAUGAACAAAUGACAACAAAUUUAUAGAAAAAAUGAUAAUGAUAA